GCCCCUCGCCCCUGGGCGUGGGGAGGGUGAUGAUGGGGGCAGGCGGGAUGGCUGCUGACAUCUCUCUCGCUCUCUCCCCAGGCAGUGGCGGCGGAGACCUGCAUGCCCGGCGGGAGGCGGGAUGAAUUCCUGAGGAGAGAGCCCGGGCAGGGAGGAAGCGAGGGCCAGUACCAUGGAAAAACUCCUCCUGCCCCUUUUGAUGCUCGGCACCAUGGCGAAAGGUCAGCACUGCCCCGGCCGCUGCAUCUGCCAGAACAUCUCGCCCACCCUGACCAUGCUGUGCGCCAAGACGGGGCUGCUCUUCGUGCCGCCGUCCAUCGACCGGCGCACGGUGGAGCUGCGGCUGACGGACAACUUCAUCACCAUCAUCCGGCGCAAGGACUUCUCCAACAUGACCAACCUGGUGCACCUGACCCUCUCCCGGAACACCAUCAGCCAGGUGAUGCCCUUCGCUUUUGCCGACCUGCGCGCCUUGCGCGCCUUGCAUAUGAACAGCAACCGGCUGGCCUCCCUCCGCAACGAACACUUCAAAGGCCUGGGCAACCUCCGGCACCUCAUCCUGGGCAACAACCAAAUUAGCAACAUCCAGCCGGCCUCCUUCGACGAGUUCCUGGCCACCGUGGAGGACCUGGAUUUGUCCUACAACAACCUGGAGACGCUGCCGUGGGAGGCCAUCGGGCAGAUGGUCAGUCUGAACACCCUGACCCUAGAUCACAACCUCAUCGACCAUAUCGCCGAGGGCACCUUCUCCCAGCUCCACAAGCUGGUGCGUUUGGACAUGACCUCCAACCGGUUGCAGAAGCUGCCCCCAGACAACCUCUUCCUCCGGGCUCAGGUGCUCGCUAACGUCCGGGGCUCCCACCCGUCCACCUUGACCAUCAGCUUCGGAGGCAACCCCUUGCAUUGCAACUGCGAGCUUCUCUGGCUCCGGCGUCUGACGCGGGAGGAUGACCUGGAGACCUGCGCCUCUCCCGAGCACCUGAUGGAUAAGUACUUCUGGUCCAUCUCCGAGGAGGAGUUCAUCUGCGAGCCGCCCCUCAUCACGCGCCAGUACUCCACCAAGGCCUUUAUCAUGGAGGGCCAGGGAGUCAGCCUCAAGUGCAAGGCGGUGGGAGACCCCGACCCCUCCAUCCACUGGAUCGCCCCCGACGGCAAACUGAUCCACAACACCACGCGCGCCACGGUCUACGACAAUGGCACGCUGGAGGUGCACAUCACCACGCUCAAGGACAACGGGGUCUUCACCUGCAUCGCCUCCAACGCCGCCGGCGAGGCCACUGCCCCCGUGGAGGUCUGCAUCGUGCCGCUGCCGCUGCUGGUCAACAACACGGGCCACAUGAAGGAGCCCGACCCCGGCUCGUCCGACAUCACCACCUCUGCCAAGUCGGGCGCCAACGACACCAAGAACCACCUGGAGAAGAAGAUUGUGGCGGCCGAGCUGACCUCCACCUCGGUGGUGAUCCACUGGCCCUCGGAGCGGCACAUUCCCGGCAUCCGCAUGUACCAGAUUCAAUAUAACAGCUCCCUGGACGACUCGCUGGUGUACAGGAUGAUCCCCCCGUCCAGCAGGGCCUUCCUGGUGAACGACCUGGCGGCGGGGCGGGCCUACGACCUGUGCGUGCUGGCCGUCUAUGACGACGGGGUGACGGCGCUGACGGCCACCCGGGUGGUGGGCUGCGUCCAGUUCACCACGGAGGGCGAGACCGCCCAGUGCCACGCCCUGCACACCCAGUUCCUGGGCGGCACCAUGAUCAUCAUCAUCGGCGGGAUCAUCGUCGCCUCCGUCCUGGUCUUCAUCAUCAUCCUUAUGAUCCGCUACAAGGUCCACAGCGGGCACGAGGGGCCCAAGAAAGCCAAGGUCAGCAACGUCUACUCCCAGACCAACGGCGGGCAGCCCCCGGCCUCCAAGCCCACCGAGGACAAAUACGAGACCUUCCAGGAGGCAGGGCCCACGGAGGCGGGGCCUACGGAGGCAGAGCCCAAGAAGGACACACCCGCUGCCCCCGAACCGGACAAGAGAGACCCCAAGCCGGGUGCAGACCUCCAGACUGUGGCCCUGCUGUCCUCGGAGGAGGGCCAGCCCGAGGGCAGUGUGACCGGCUCCUUGGGUCUCCUCCGGGAGAGCGGGCCGGGCGGCCAGCACCGGGCCACGCUGGGCAGCGUGGGCCUCUUUCCCCGGGAACUUUCGAGGACUCACCACCACCGUCACUCCUUCGACGGGGACUAUGCUCUGUUUCAGAGCCACAGCUACCCGCGCCGGGCACGGACAAAACGGCACAUGUCCACGUCCCAGCUGAACGCGGAGGACUGCCCGCUGAGCCAACGCCGGGUCAUCUUCAGCAGCACCGAGUGGAUGCUGGAGAGCACCGUCUGAGACGGGCCCCGGGGGGGGAGCUGCGGGGGUGGCAAUUUCGUCGGGCCCGCGGGGGGCACGCACGGUUCCCCGGGGGCGUGGAGGGGACGGCUCCGGUUUCACCCACCCGCCCCGGACGGGGGUCCUGCGCCGAUCCCGCCGACGCCGGCUCUGGUGCCUUAAGGAGCGGAGACGGAGGACAGAAAUGAAAAACCCCACGCGACGGACGGAGUGAAGGCAAGCAAGGAGGGGACUGCCCGGCUGCAGGGAGAGGAAAGGGCGUGGGGGGGCUACGGGAUGAGUUUCGAGAGACCCCCUCCACCCUGUCUGCGCCGGGCGGCGCGGGAAGGAUAGAGCAGGACUAGCAAAGACACAUGCACAGAUGACACGAAAUUACAAAGAUCCUUUUACCUUGAGUAAAUCUUUAUGCAUUAAUAACUGUCCGGGACGGGGGACGGAGCAGAGUUUAGUUCCAAAAUAAACCUAUUUCCCCCUGCCCCCCCCCCAAGUGUUUCUGGGAAGGGGGCGACAGGCGCCCGCUCCCUGACACAGACUGUGGGGGGCCUAUUUAUUGUAUCUGGCUGGUCUAGAUCAUUUUCUGUGUUCGGUGUAUUCAGUAUCGAAAAAGUCAUCGCCCUUUUUCCCUGUUAUUCCAAACUGUACCCCACUCUAGCAAACUCCCCCCUAUGCCCUGUGCCCUCCCGCUCUUCAUCCACCCCAGUCCCCCAGCAGUAUCCCAUUCCCCCAUCAUCCCUCCACUAUCUGUCCAAACCCCAGAGCCAUCCCCCAGCCCCCCAGCAGUACCCCAUCCUUCCCCCACAACCUCCACAGCUGUACCCCAUUCCUCUCCAUCCACCC